CUCGGCGGCGGCUGGGGGCGGCUCGCCCGCGGUCCCCGCACCGAGCCCCUGCGAAUGGCAUGACUCGCCCUCGCCGCCCGCCCGCCCCCCGCGGCUGCGGUGUGCCGUAGUGAGGCGAGGAAUGGUUAAACCCUGGCCUUUUUAUACGUACGUUUUUUUCUUUUUUGUUCCUUUUCGUCUCGGGGCUUUCAGCUUACGGAAAAGGAAAGCAUCUGAUGCGUCUGCUCACAUGCCACUUUCGAUCAUACGUUGCCUCUUUGCACAGAGCAGGAUCGUUGGGAAAGAUGGAGAUACAAUAAGUUGCUAGUAGUGAAAAGUGCUGCAGGAAUCCAGUGGUUUCCUUUCUCCACUGAAGUGACAUAUUUUUCCUCGGGUUAAGUUGAAAGCACUGCUUGGCGGAAACUGUAGCUGAGAGUGGGUUUGUGUUUUUCUUGCACGGUUAGGUUUUGCAAAGAGCGGCGAUGAAGAGGAAGCUGGCACUCUCCGAGAUGCAGUUGGUUCUUCUCGUUUUAUUGGUGUGGCUACCAACAAGAUCAGUGCUGGCUGACUCCCUGGAAGACGAAGCUAAGAAUAACAUCACCAUCUUUACAAGAAUUCUAGACAGACUUCUGGAUGGUUAUGAUAAUCGUCUCAGACCUGGAUUAGGAGAUAGUAUUACUGAAGUCUUCACUAACAUCUAUGUGACCAGUUUUGGACCUGUUUCAGAUACUGAUAUGGAAUACACAAUAGAUGUUUUCUUCCGUCAGAGAUGGAAGGAUGAAAGAUUAAAGUUUAAGGGCCCAAUGAACAUUCUUAGAUUGAACAACUUAAUGGCCAGCAAAAUCUGGACCCCAGACACAUUUUUUCACAAUGGGAAGAAGUCAGUGGCUCAUAACAUGACAAUGCCAAACAAGCUUCUACGAAUCCAAGAUGAUGGGACUCUCUUGUACACUAUGAGGCUUACAGUCCAAGCUGAAUGUCCAAUGCACUUGGAGGACUUCCCUAUGGAUGCUCACUCAUGCCCACUGAAAUUUGGCAGCUAUGCAUACACAACUUCAGAAGUUACAUACAUUUGGACUUACAAUGCUUCAGAUUCGGUGCAGGUGGCACCAGAUGGCUCAAGAUUGAAUCAGUAUGAUCUUUUAGGCCAAACAAUCGGAAAAGAGACAGUUAAGUCAAGUACAGGUGAAUAUACAGUAAUGACGGCUCAUUUUCACUUGAAGAGAAAAAUUGGUUAUUUUGUCAUUCAGACUUACCUACCCUGCAUCAUGACUGUCAUUCUCUCUCAAGUGUCAUUCUGGCUGAACAGAGAGUCUGUACCUGCCAGGACAGUCUUUGGAGUAACAACUGUGUUGACAAUGACAACACUGAGCAUCAGUGCUCGAAAUUCACUCCCCAAAGUAGCAUAUGCAACAGCUAUGGAUUGGUUUAUUGCUGUUUGCUAUGCAUUUGUAUUCUCUGCAUUAAUUGAAUUUGCAACUGUAAAUUAUUUCACAAAGCGAGGAUGGGCCUGGGAUGGAAAAAGUGUGGUGAAUGAUAAGAAAAAAGAAAAAGCAUCUGUCAUUAAGAAAAACAAUGCCUAUGCAGUGGCAGUUGCCAACUAUGCUCCAAAUAUUACCAAGGACUCAGUGCUACCAACCAUCUCCAAGAGCGCUACAACUGCAGAACCCAACAAGGCAAAACCAGAAGCAAAGCCACAGGAAGCAAAGAAGACAUUCAAUAGUGUUAGCAAAAUUGACAGAAUGUCUAGAAUAGUGUUUCCAGUCUUAUUUGGUACUUUCAAUUUAGUGUAUUGGGCUACAUAUUUAAACAGGGAGCCUGUCUUACUUGGCUUUGCGCCAUCAACCUAAAAGCUGAAUUGCACUGAGGACUUAAAGCAUCAUUCUAAUCAGAUAGGUUGUUCGCUAUGUACAGUACGACUAAUAACUGCUAAUCUGUGAACCAUUAUGUACAGAGUGUAUAUAGAUGUUUUAUCUGUGUAUCUCCAAAGGAGGAACACAGUGUUAAUUCAUGGGUCUGUAAACAGAUAGCACCCAUGGCAAAUAUAGCCAGCUCUUUAAAAGUUAUACCCAGGGGAGUUCUGUUAAACUAGGAUACAUAUAUACAGAAUUAUAUUCUCUCCGUACAAUGAAAUGAAGAUAUGAUCCUACGUAAUUAUUUAGGAACAGUAUUUUUUUAAUUUAAAGUUAAAAUAUUUUUCUAUAAAGUAACUAAUUCUACUUUAAUGAAAGAAACUGUCAUUUAAAAAAAUGAUUUUUUUAAAAAGGCGUAAUUGUUUCAUACAAUAGCAGUACCCAUGUACAUAACAGAGUACGGAAAUCGUACAGUUCUAUUGUUCGCAAACAUUCUGGAUACUAGUUAGGCUGAAGAGGUAGUAAAAACUACUAUAUGGCAAAAGUCACAAGUUUCUUACUUCUGUCCUGUUUGAAGUUGUUAACAAACUCUUCUAAUUGAUUUCAGGGAAAAACAAGUGUUAAUCAAAUUUCCAAUAUCAACCAACUUCUGCUAGUGAAACUCUUAUUCUUUUCACUGUUUUAUUUAUUUGACGUUGCUAAGCCAGGUUGUCUGGUUCAGCAAAGUUGGAUUAUUUUUCUUUUUUCUUGUGUUCUUAAUAGGAUUAUUGUCAGGUUCAUAAAAGCACUCAGAAAAUUUUCAGGGUUAAGUAUAUCAGUAAUAUAUCACUCUUUUUCCUUGCUUAAUGUUAUCCUAAAACCUGCCAUUAAAAUAUUUCCCUGUAUUUGUCCCAGAAAGCAUUGUAUUCAAGGGAAAGAAGAACCAUGAUUUAAGUUCAGGAAAUUGUCCAUAUAAUAAAAUUUACUGCUGCUUUUGUAAAUUGCAACUUCACAUUUCGCUGACAUAACUUUACAACAACUUUGUAUACUAGAAAUGGUUUUGCUAAGAUUUGAAUGUUAUUUUUUUAAUAAAAGGUCAUGCAUCAUCAGUAGGUAUCAACUGUAUUUCAUAUACACAAAUAAAACAAAAUUGGAGCUGCCAUUUACAAUUUUAUAUGAACAUUUAAUACUGAUUAGUAAAACUUUUUCAUCUGAGCCUUUGCAAAGAUUCUUUAAGCCCCAAAAGGCCUGGUAAAUCAUGACAUAAGUAAUAAUUGUGUACUGUAUUUAGAUUUUAGUGUACUUGGCCAAUCAAAAAUAUUUUGAUUCACACAUACAUUAGCAGUUAUUAGUUGACCUUUAAAAAAAGAUACACCUUUAUGAUGAUGUCUUCUAGUAGAGACAUAUGUAGUCGUAUAGUGUCAUUUAUUGCAGUUUUGUACAGUACUUGAGUAUAGUGCAUAAAAUAGAUAUGUUCAGAAUUUAACAAAGUUGUACAAAUAUUUCUAAAAAUCAAAUAAAAGAGUAUCUUAAGACAUGGAAAUGCGCUAAAGACAACAAAAAGAAACACUGCUUUCAUUUGCUGUUUCAUUUUCUUGCUUUUUCUUUGCUUUUAAUGUGAUUCUGUUUUGUAUUUUGUGUGACAGUAUAGAUGCCAAGGUCACAAAUGUAUAUUAUGAAUAGAAUUAAUAGUAAGACAGAGUUGACUUCAGUAAAAUAAAGACAUUUCGUAAGUUAUAAAUGAAAGGGAGAAGCAUGGACAAGGUGUGUAUCCCUUGAAGUCCCUCUAAUUAAACCAUCAGAUUCAACCUUUCUCAUCAACAGUAGUUAAAAAAUGAGCACUUUACUCAGAACAUGAAAAUAAAAAUAUCCUUAUUUUCAUAUAUAUUUAUAUAUAAAUGUAGAUCUUCCAUGUAACAUGGAGAUGUGUGCAAUAGUGUGAUUAUGAGCAUAAGGCUGGAAGGCAAGCAAUAAAAAAAAAGGUUUUUUCAUAGUAUAAUUAUACAUAUUUAAAAUGUUUCAUUUGUAAAUUAUAAAUUAUCCCUUUAAUGUCACAUUGUCCAGGUAUGAAUAAAUAUAUAAAUAUGUACAUAUGUACAAAUAAUUGUAAAUAUAAGAACUGUAGAAAAAUCCCUUCACUUUUAACUCUGUUUUUGGCAAAGGGCUCUGACUGUAUAGUUUAAUGGAGGCCCAUGCUAAACUGCUCUUGAACUUGAGUAGCUCCAUUGUUUUCUGUAGCUGAGGUCUCCUUCCUGUGACCUAGGGGGAGUUCUUACCUCGUGUUCACAUCAGCAGAUCUAGGGACUCUCUGAACCUCACUGGACUGGGGUAUGAGAAACAGAGGACUGUGUUUCACCCUUGGCCACAUCCCAAGUACUCCAAACCCUUCACAAUUUUUAAACAAUGUUGUGUAUUGCUCCAUGCAUGACACUGUAUAGUCAGAACUCCCCACUACAAACAUGAGUGUGCUCAGAACCAUGUUUGAUUACCUGGUAAGGAAGGAUUUUGCACCUUUAUCCAAGAAUGGAACCCCUCAAAGAUUUUUAACAGUACAGUUCUUCUCCAACAAGACUUUUUCUCUGGAAGAUAACAUCUGUGUAAUUCAGAGCUGCAUGCAAAAAGUGUAUCUUCAGAUUCCACAAGAAGCCUGAUGCUGUCUCAUAUGAGUCAGUUCUGCUAUUACCUCUUUUAUUGGGUAUGAUUAUUUUUUCAUUCACUGAUCAUUUUCUCUACACUUGUGUUAUGCUUAGUCAGUCAGAAAAAAAACAGGUGUUUAUCACAUGCUAAAUAUACAUUUAUUACACACUACUAUAGAAAAAUAGGCAUACUAUAUAAAUUAACUCAGUGGAAAAUAUAAUACAUUUUUAUAUCUACAUGCAGUUAUUGUGGGCAUCAACAAGGCUUUUGAGGGCAUACACUCCAGAAAAGUUCCACUUUUACAUUUGGUUCAGUUGGUCUGUGUUGAAGCAAACUCCUUUGGUGGGAGGAAGGAGGCUGCUUUAUAGUUUCACUGCUGAAACACUUAUAGUGAGUGAACUGACUACACACAAGUUGCAAAUGUUUAAAACUAACAACUGGCUAAGUGAAUUUGAAUGUAAAGUUUUAAGUGAAUGCAAGCAUCAUGCAAGGAACACCGGAAUUACAAGAGUUAGGCCUUCUUUCAUUUUGCAGUAUAAUCAGUGUCUGGGAUUUUAAAGCUGGUCUCACAAAUGUAUGUGCCAAAUACCUAGAAGUUUCAUUUAAUUUGAAUAAAACUUGCUGGUCUUAAAUACUUAAAGCGGGGAGAGAGAGUAUGAGUGAGCACACACAAGUCACUUUGCUAUCAAAGACUUGCACAUGGAAUCUACUAGUGAAAUUUUUGGUUGAUAUGUUAAUCUAUUUUUCCCAGUACGCUUGGGUCAGGUUGUCAUAUUUUAUGUGAUUUAAGAAAUUAAUACAAUAAAUACAAUGAUAUAGCACUGUGGUAAACUUGGAUUGGAAUUACCGUAAUUCUGAACAAGGUUUAUGAAAUAGGUUUCCAGUGUAAUACUGGAGCAUGUACUUCUGGAUGUAUGUAGUUGGUAAUUUAACAGUAGUUUAUAAAUCAGCAUGAAGAAUAUACAGAUCAGCAGGGUUUAUCAGCCAGUGUUGUCUGUGGGACACUUAACAGAUUCCUUUAAAAGAGUGGCUUGCAAACUUCUCAAUGAUGUUGUAACCAGUGAAAUUACCUUCACCUUCUAUAUCUGGGUUAAUUCAACUUGUAACUGCUGCAUUGUCGAACACCAUUAAAAAAUAUUAUGGUAGAUGUUCUGAGAUACAAGUUUUAACUUGGGAGACUAUUCAUACAACUGAACAUUAUGCUAAAUUGAGGAGCUAAUAGGAGAGAACGUGAAAUAGUUUCACUAGACACCAAAUGGGAGCCUUACAGAAUCAUCUUCCCUUCCCAGUGAUUAUAGAUAACAUAUGGGGUGGUGAGAGUUUUCAAAAGUGGGGUCACCAUAAACUGCCUGCGUGAAAGCAACCAGAAGCAGAUGGGAAGAGGUAGGGGUGUAUGAAGGAGGAAAGGGGGAAAGAGAAGAAGCAAUUGGCUUUGUUACUGUGUCAGUGGAUUGAGGAAUACACUGAGGAAUCCAUUGAAGAAGGUAACGCGUGUUUUUGCUUCAGCUUCAGUUCUGAGCCUUAUUACUACAUGUAAGUUGUGGGAAAGUAACUUUUAGAGCAUAUGAAAUUGAAAUACUUCUUGUGUAAUUCUGCUGAACUUGAGGGACAUGAGUUGUGUCUUUGAAACAGAGAGGCUUCUGCUGACUGCUUUGUGGAAACCAUGCAAUGUUGUCUGCUUCCUGCUGUAUGGGACAUCUAGGGCAGAGGGGGAAAAGAAACUUCAGGAAUUAAGUAGAACUUUGUUAAUUCUAGGUUUUGUUUUCUUAAGAGAUGCGACUUUCACUUAAGCACAGAUAGCAUCCAUCCUCUAUCUCUCAUUCUUAUUCUGAAAGUGGUGCACAAGUUUUUGCCUCGUCCUUUCACGAAAUAGAUUAACUCUAUGCUUCUGAACAUUUCCAUUCCUAACAAUUUUGCAUGAAAGAUGAUUUCAGUAUGGAUAUGAACCUAUCAUCAGUCUAUGCCCAAUUACGUGUAAACACAUAAUGCUAAAAUUUAGAAAGCAAUGCAAUGGGUUUUAAAGCAGAGGAAGAAAACAUUUUAAAAUCAGCCCAGAAAGUUAAAUAGCUUCAUCUAAAAAACACAGAACAUGAUAAAUGUACAAACAUCUAAACUAAUCUAAAUAGAAUUUCUGAGUGUGGUAUAAUUUGAUGUAAUAUAUAAAGUUUUUUUCUUAAAGACUUUGAAAUGUUAAAGUAAUUAAGUGAGUUUAUAUGAAAGUCAGCUCACACUUCAGCCUCUAGUGAAGGGAGUCAUUCUUUAUAAAGCAGAGUUUUAGGAUUCCUUCCAUCUCUUCCCAGUGACAGUGCACCUUCUGCUAGAUUGUUGUCAUUUUAGUAAUAUCCCUUUAAUAUUACCUUCUCUUGAUCUUUUUUUUUUUUUUUUUUUUUUUUUUGUGUUUGUUUGUCAAGGAGGCCUCCUCCACCUCAUUUCUGUAGAUAACCCAAACUCCCUAACAACCAGAAAAGACUUCAUCAUUUUAGACCUUUAGUAGUGGAAGCUAAAGGGUCAAAAGUUUGUUUCAAUGAAUGGCAGAUAUUAAACACAUUUAAAAAAAAAAAAAGUUUUCCUCUACUUUAGACCAUUUAAUUUUCUAGAUUCAGAUCUCUCUAGCUGAAUCCUUGAACUCAUAUUUUGGAGUCUGUGAUUACAUCUUACUGGAAUAGGCUAAACUUUGAGGGCUUGACAUCUCUGGCUGAGAUCAGGGCAAAAUUUGCACUGAAUUUAAAAUAAAACUGAUUAGUAUCCUCAGGAUGUUUGUUUACAUCACUGAAGUCAGUAAGGAUUUUGUAAAGAAGGGAAGUACACCUGAGAGUACCUGGGCUCUUCUUUGGAUAGAGGUGUUUAGUUCUUUAACUUAUGAAAAUAAGCCCUUUAAAAGAAGAGCCAGCCAUACUGAAAUACAGGACUUGAUGUCUGUUUCAUUCCUGGUAUACAUUAAUGCCUUUUAAGAUAUUAUGGAAGUGCUAUGAGUUAGGAGUAGGUGAUAACACAAAAAGGAAUUUGGAGGUUGUUUUAAAAUAUGCAAGAUGAUGUAUACUAUUCCUCUAGUGUUGGUGUCUACAUAAAUAUAUAUGAAUAUAUUUUUAUGGUUGGAUGAUUUAAAAGUUAUAUUUUGCUUUCAAAUUUUAAUUCCUUAAAUAAUGUUGUGAAUACCUCACUCAAUCAGGUGGCCUGGAGCGUGUCUUUAUGCAUUCAAGGUUUUUAAUGAUUGCACCGAGUGCUUUCAUUCAUCUGAUAUUCAAAGAGGUGAGCUUCAGCAGGUUGAAGUGUUAUAUUUGUUUUACAGGACUUCAUCCAUCUAUCUACACUGUUAAGGAUGGAUGGAAAUAGAAAAUGGAACAAGAUAUUGCUUUGAUCAACUGCUUUUGAUAUUCUUUAUUAGAUGUUCAUUUUGGCUGAAUUUAUCAGUUUAUAGGCUACUGUAGCUUAGCAUUAGCACGGAAUGCAAUGUAGUACUUCACACCUAUUAGAAUACGUAUGUACAAUAUGUACCGUAUCUAUAAACUGUUAAAAAAACAGUUCCUAAACAGCACUCCUUCACUCCGCUCCCCCCCAGAAAGUCACUUUAUUAGGAAACAUUUGAAGGCACUUUAAUUUUAAUGGAAGUGAUUACACUAAAUCUUGUUAUAUUUGAUUUUUUUUUUUUU